AUGGCUUCCUCGUCAGACCAAACCAUGUCUCGGCCGGAGUCGGCCAUCAUUUCUCCCUCGAUAAAGACGCAUUCCCGCUCGAGGGCCCUGAGUAUAUCGAGCGACAAACCGUCUACCAUUGCGACCAGCUUCAUGUCGCCUCCGCUAACCGUGUCCCCUGAAGCGGCCUUCAUCGCCGCCUCGGCCGCCUCACAAAUCAUCACCAACGACCACGACAGCCAUGCCGACGCUUGGCUCGAUCAGCAUGGCAUUGAGCCUUCCAGCGAACCAGCAGUCGUUUCUCCAGCCGCCCUACAGCUGGUCAAUAAUUUUCUCGAUCAUCUGCUGUUCAACUUCAUAUCGGUUGCGCGCUCAGCUACGCUAGCUGCCCUUCGUGCAGCCAUAACCGAAGUCCUCAAGCCGAAACUCGCCAAAGAUGUCAUCAGCCAGGCGGAUGAGGAGUUGCAGGAAUACAUGGGGGACACUGAGGAGGACAUACCAGAUCCCAGCGCAACCAAAGACUGGGACUUGGAGCUGAUCUGGAAACAGACUCGGCUACGAUGUAUGGUAUACUCGUCACUGGGUGACUUGGAAGAGGAGGAUGAGGACUAUUAUAUGGAGAAGGAGCUUCUGAACUCACGGCAGGAGGAUCAGUCUUCCGAAUUGGUGUCUUCUGCUGCCUCCGUAUUCUUGACCUCGAUCAUUGAAUAUCUCGGCGAACAAGCGCUGACCAUUGCGGGGCAGGCCGCCUUUCAACGCAUUCGUGUCAAGUACGAGAAGGAGUUGAAAGAGGGCCUGCGGAAACACGGCGUGGCAGCAGAACAGAUUGUGGUGCAGGAACACGACAUGGAGCGAGUCGCGCUUGAUCGUACUCUGGGAAGACUGUGGAGGACGUGGAAGAAAAAGAUCAGAUCACCCUUGAUCACCAAUCUGGACAGAGGCUUGUCCCACUCCUUUUCGAGAGACUCGAUGCGCUCGUCUCGUGGAACACCGACGCACCUGCGCUCAUCUAGCGUCACAGAAACCCCAGUACCCGAAACCAUUCCAGAGCCUACGAACGGAACAGGAGCCAAGGCUGAUGCGAACGAGACCGGGACAAAGGAGACAGCCAAGGAGGAAACGGUGGAGGAGUAUUUGAUUGCUGCAGCCAUUCCUCUGCCAAUGGGUGAGAAUGACGUCGAAGAGAUCGAAGGUAUUAGUUUGUUAGCUCGUUCUCAGAGCAGGGACGGAGCAAAAGAGAGAGCAGCUCGCAAGAGGGCAGUGCGGCCAAAGAGCUUGAUGGUAUGGCCCGUGACCAAGCCUGCCAACCCGCCCACUCCCACUCUGUCGCCGUCGCAUACUCCUCUGUCAGCGUCCAAGAAACGCUCUAAUUCACUCCCAACGCCUAUUGCCACUCCCAGCGGUUCGCCUGUACGAGCGGAUCCACAAGCGAGCGAACUUGCACCCCUUCCCUCAGCUGUCGAGAGGAAUUUCGAACAGUCUCGGACUUCAGAUGACACGCAGCCGGUUCGGGACGAAAAGUCAGACAACCUCAAAGGUGCAGAAAUGAGCCGAGUUGGAGCUUCGCUUGUGGGUGCCCCCGCCUCCUCACAGCAGGCUGAGACGAAGCCUCGAACGCAGAACUCUGGCAAUUCUGGCACCGAAGAUGAGGUCAAGGUUAGCGAUGAAAGCGAGUAUGACGAUGAGUUUAUGGACGAAGAACCACAGAUUCUCACCUCAUCAAGGAUAUCCAUCUCUGGCCGAAGCUCAUCUCCGGCGGUGUCUGAGCAAGGAAGACCAGCACCCAUCAUCACGACGCUGGGAAGGACUAGAACGCCCAGCAUCUACUCGGCACGCUUGAUCGAAGUAACCAGUCCUCGCAGCCCUGGCACGGCCGCCCGUAACAGCCCAAUACUAGAUUCGAGCGAGCACAUGCGCUUAUCCCGAAGCAGUAGUCUCAGAACGGCCUCAAUCACCGAGGAACGAUUGCGACAUUCGCCGGACAGUGCAUCCGGGGCACGGAUCUCUGGGCACGGCGGUAACAAGUCGGCGUUGUCUGCUCAAGUCGCCCCCGAAAAUGUCUCUCCUGUUACGGAUGAUGGUGUUCUCGAAGCGAUUCCCGAGCCUCCUUCACCAGAUGAGCUUGAGGGUCACGAUCUUUCACGUGGUUCUAACCCCUUUGUAGGCUCAAUUGUUGAGCGUGGGUCGCCCGGCUCAUCUCCCAUCCGCUCCACGCCCAAGAUUACAACCCCCACUAGUUUGGCUGGGACAUUUUACUUUGAGGAUAGGCCCAAACCGCCUCCUAAACACCACGCUCAAAGUCGCCCAAGGGUCUCCGUUGUGCCCGAGAUGCCUGAUCGGAGUUCCAUCAGAAGGAGUCCCAGCAACCAUUCCACGGAUGAUCGACCGACUUCGAUCGCCAGCUCGAUAUCGUCCACAUCGACGAGGUCGACGAACAAGCUGAGGCUGGUAAGGACUUCAGAGGAAGGCUCGACGGCGGGACAAUCUCGGCAAGAUGUUGCGCGAAACUUUGAAGAGCUCAUCCAGAGCGAUCAGACCAUCCAGUUCACGCUAACGCCCGAAAGCAUGCGAGACAUUGACAAACAGUCUCAGUCAACGCGGUCCGCCGGUAGCGCCAUCCUAUCUGUUAAAACCAGGAAGAGCCAGGAUUCCCGUCGCGACUCAGACCGGUCUCGAUCAUCGUCGUCUAAUCGCAAGAAAGAUGCCAAGAAGGACAAGGGUGCCCAUUCGCAGCAUCCCUUGCCCGAGUCGAAUCGCAACAGCAAUCACAGCACAGCAUCCGGCCCGAUCCUGCAUGCAAUUCCACAACCCCCACGUGCGCACCCGCCGCAAGCGAGAGAUCCGAGAAUAGCCCGAGAGUCGGUAGCUGAUUUUGCCGACUUCAUUCGCGCAACGGGUCCUACUGGUAUUAACACUGCCGCCAUGAACCGUUCGUCAGGGCAGCAGAGCGGACUCCGGAAUGUCUCCGGGCCUGUCUCCCCUCCUUAUGUUCCCCUUAUUACUGAGGCUCCCCGACCUCUCACAGCCCGACCGCUCACAGCCCGUGAUCCCCAUACCGAGGCGGACGAUAACUCAGAUCUCAUCGACUUCAUCCGACGCGGCCCACCUACCGCGGGCAAUCCACGGAUCCCGCAAGCAGUUGCACCUUUGCGGAGCACGCCGGACUCCGAUCAGAUGUCUACCCUCGAAGCCGGCGGUAAAGCUGCGGAUGCCCAACUACACGACGUCGACGUUAGAAACAGCCAGGCCUCGACUGAUCUCGCCAGUAACUCAAUGCAUUCGCUCCAAUCAUCGGUCAACUCGCAGAGUGCUCUGCUCAGCAAGAACAAGUCCCAGCCUACCACUGCCACCGGGCGAUUUGAAGGAAUAGAGGAGGACGAUGUGGUGAUGCCAAUGCCAUCAGCUAUGCCGCAGCGCAAGCGCCGCGGGCCACGCGACCCAUAUGCUAUCGACCUUACAGAUGAGGAGGACUUUGAUGAGGAUGAUGAUUACCCGGUUAAGCCCAAGCGACCUCCGACAAACGAGGAGAGCUUGAUGGACUUUUUGCGAAACGUCCCCCCGCCGCCGGAACCCACUGUCUCUCGCGUGGUGACCUCACCAAAGCAGCCGCAACCGAAGAAGAAAUCAAGCGCCACGAGCUUGAUGUCACGAUUUACUAGACGCGAAAACAAGUCGAAUGCCCCUCCAAGCUCGUCCGGCAGCAUGAGCCCUCAAAGCCCCGCAAGGCCUAUCGAAUCCCGAGGUCUCAGCAGACGCGCCAGCGCCAGCAGCGGAAGGGGCUACACCCCGAUCCAAGUUCACAUGCCCCCCGGCGUUGAUCGAUAUGCACCUUCCUCCGUCAAUCACAACCCAAACAUGCCAAUGUCAAGAGGACGAGGCAUGUCACAAUCAAGCGGUAUCACCGCUCCGCGCGUAGCCACGAAGAGGUUCGAGCCAAGGGACGCCUACGUAGCUCCCACGUCGGAACUCUCGGAUCUGGCUUCAUUCCUGAAGAACUCGACGCCGCCGCCUAGCAUGGGGGCUGCGGCGCCGUUCGAUUUUGGCGGGCCGCCGCCGCCGACUGCCAGUGCCACGGGUUCGAGAGGGGGGGAUGGGGCUGGGGACUCGAACAGUUUCUCGAGGGUGUUUUCGAGGAGGAGUAGGAAGGCUAGCAUUGUUUGAGCGACAUCUACUACCCGUUUUUUUCUUCUGUUUUUCCAAACUGCAUACACUCUACAUCCCUUCUACCAGUGUCUCUUCUGGCAUAAUUGGGCUGCGCAUCGCAUCAUCAUAUAAUCUAGGCAGAUUUUCUUUUCUCAUUAUUGAUACCAUAAC